CCCACAACCCCGGCCCGGUCGGUUUAACCGUCGUCACCCUGACUGUGUGCAAGGAACUCGACAACCACAAUAUUUCGCUCGGCCGUCGGCCGCCGGCGCCGUCAUCACUCACUCAGAGUGUUGGAAAUUGGCUAACCGGUAACAAGUCAGUUGAGAGCGGGCUUUUGUAAACACCGGAUCGCAGAACUCUUUCGGUUGUUUUUAUCGUGCAUUUGGCUUUAAUUAGGUCUUGUCAGCACAAUUGUUUGGUGUAUUACCAAUACCCAGUUAAUAUUCUGCGAAGAUGUCGCCAACUCUUGCCUACUGGAACAUUCGAGGUCUUGCCCAGCCUAUUAGACUGCUGCUGGAAUAUACUGGAACUGAGUUUGAAGACAAGAUGUAUGAAUGUGGACCAGCCCCAAAGUUUGACAAGUCUUGCUGGUUUGAUAUUAAGUACUCCUUAGGCCUCGACUUUCCCAACCUCCCUUACUACAUUGAUGGAGAUGUGAAAGUAACCCAGAGCAAUGCCAUUAUGCGGUACAUUGCAAGAAAGCAUGAUCUAUGUGGCAAGACUGAAUCUGAGAAAGUCCGUGUUGAUAUUAUGGAAAACCAGUCAAUGGACUUCAGGAAUGGUUUUGUUCGACUGUGCUAUGUAGAUUUUGAUACCCAGAAGCAGACCUACUUAGAGGCUUUACCCACUACAUUGAAGCUGUUCUCAACAUUCCUUGGUGAACAACCCUGGUAUGCUGGUGAUAAUAUCACUUUUGUGGAUUUCAUUAUGUAUGAACUUAUUGAUCAGCAUCUGCAAUUAGACCCAAACCUACUUAAGGAUUUCAAGAACCUUGAAGACUUCCAGAAGCGUUUUGAAGAAUUAGAACCCAUCAAGAAGUACAUGGCCUCCUCACGAUUCAUGAAGUCUCCACUUAAUAACAAAAUGGCAAAGUUUGGAAACUAACUUUGUUGUGAAGACCAUAAAUGUUUUAACUUUUUUUGCUUACAAUACAAAUGUGCAGCAUUAUAAGUGAUAAAAGUUCCUAAUUUAGUGAGUACAUAUAUGCUAAAGAAAAUAAUAAUUUCCAGUUUGACGUCUGUUAUAUUAUACUAGGUAAACCAAAUAUAUGAUAAAUAUUGUUUCUCGGAAUAAUGUAAUUUUGUUUUUGAGAAAUUAUGUGCAAAAUUUAUUUGAAGGUCUUAUUUGAAGACACUGUUUGAUAUAAACAGCUUUGAAAUAAAAGGUUUAAAGUA